GGGCUGCGGGCGGUGCGGUGCGAUGCCGUGCCGGGCAGCCGGGUCCCGCGGCCUUCGGGAGCCGGGGGCGGUCCCGCAGCCGGUGCCCCUUCGCAGAACGAGUGGCAGCCCUGGCUCCGAGAGCUCCACGCGCGCGAGGGAAGGCGAUAUCCUGAGGUCGCGGGAAAAGACCGCGGGCUGCUUGCAGGCGGCGAGGCGGCGGGGUUUGGCCUUUUCCUCCCCCGGGACCCCAUAUGCGAGUGCUCUGUAGAGCGCUGUUGUUGUCAGCACGGGGCUCGCGAAACCUCAAGUGCUUGAGCGCUGCCCGCCGGGCCGUUGUGGGGCUUUGGACACGGGAUGGGGACAGACAAAAGCCCGCUUCGCGGCGUGACCCGAGAGGCACCGAACUGCCUCACGUUGCCGCACCUGUGCGGUAUUUGCUCUCUCGUGGGACGUUUGCUGCUCUUGUGUAUUAGGGUGCGUUUCCUCGAUGUGUUCGGCGAUAUUCCCAGCCUUUACAGUUCAAUAAAACCUCUGUUGUUUGUCUUCACUCGAAAUCCCGCGCCGUGGCUGCCCCCUUUCCUCGGGCAGUCCCGCAGCCCUCCGUUAUUUGCACAGAGAACCAUAAAGCCGCAGCCCCAGCCCUUCAGCCCGGGCCCCGGCAGCGGCAAGCUCUGGGGGCGGCGGCACCGCACGGCUCCCACAGCACCUCUUUGUGCCUCGCGGUGCGGGCAGGGAGGUGCGGGUUCCGAGCGCUCCGUGCCGUUUGUUUUACGCGAGCGGGCCGGGUGAGAGGAGCGGACCUGUUAGCACGGGUAGAAGUCGGGAUUGAGAACGCAGAGCGCGAAGUGUCGAAGUCCCAAAUUCCCAAUUCCGCCAACUUUGCGGCCAUUGAUCCGCGGGAGUUCGGAGUUGGACAUCAAAGGUCCGUGCUCCUUCUACUGCGACCUGCCAGCGGGAGCCGCGUCCCCGAGCAUGGAGCGGAGGAGCGAGAGCCCCUGCCUGCGGGACAGCCCCGACAGAGGCAGCGGCAGCCCCGAUGUCAAAGGGCCCCCCCCCGGGAAGGUGGCCAGGCUGGAGCAGAACGGCAGCCCUAUGGGCACGCGCGGGAGGCCCAACGGCGCCGUCGCCAAGCCCGUGGGAGGUUUGAUGAUUCCAGUCUUUUGUGUGGUGGAGCAGUCGGAUGCCUCUCUUGAAUAUGAUAAUCGAGAAGAGCAUGCUGAGUUCGUUCUGGUUCGCAAAGAUGUGCUCUUUAGCCAGCUGGUGGAGACAGCGCUCCUGGCUCUGGGGUAUUCCCACAGCUCUGCGGCUCAGGCACAAGGAAUAAUCAAGCUUGGGAGGUGGAAUCCCCUCCCUCUCAGUUAUGUGACCGAUGCACCAGAUGCAACAGUAGCUGACAUGCUACAAGAUGUCUAUCAUGUUGUGACAUUGAAAAUCCAAUUACAAAGUUGUUCCAAGCUGGAAGACUUGCCAGCAGAGCAGUGGAACCAUGCCACAGUUCGCAAUGCCUUAAAGGAACUGCUCAAAGAGAUGAAUCAGAGCACAUUAGCCAAAGAAUGCCCUCUUUCACAGAGUAUGAUUUCAUCCAUUGUAAAUAGCACAUACUAUGCCAAUGUGUCAGCAACCAAGUGCCAGGAGUUUGGGAGAUGGUACAAGAAGUACAAGAAGAUUAAAGUGGAAAGAGUGGAAAGAGAAAACCUUUCAGACUAUUGUGUUCUUGGUCAACGUCCCAUGCACUUACCAAAUAUCAACCAACUGGCAACUUUGGGAAAAACUAACGAACAGUCUCCUCAUGGCCAAAUUCACCACAGUACUCCAAUCCGAAACCAAGUGCCAACGAUGCAGACAAUGAUAAACCCUGGGCUCCUGUCUCCUCAGCUCAGUCCACAACUGGUGAGGCAGCAGAUAGCAAUGGCCCAUCUGAUAAACCAACAGAUUGCCGUCAGCCGGCUAUUGGCUCACCAGCACCCACAGGCUAUCAACCAGCAGUUCUUGAAUCAUCCACCCAUCCCUAGAGCUGUCAAACCAGAGCCAUCAAAUUCAUCGGUGGAAGUCUCUCCAGAUAUUUACCAGCAAGUCAGAGAUGAGCUGAAGAGAGCCAGUGUAUCUCAAGCUGUCUUUGCAAGAGUAGCAUUCAACCGCACACAGGGCUUGUUGUCUGAGAUCCUGCGUAAAGAAGAAGACCCUAGGACAGCUUCCCAGUCCCUCCUGGUAAACUUAAGGGCGAUGCAGAAUUUCCUCAACUUGCCAGACUCGGAACGGGAUCGAAUCUAUCAGGAUGAGAGAGAGAGAAGCAUGAACCCUAAUGUGAGCAUGGUGUCUUCAGCAGCCAGCAGCCCAAGCUCCUCUAGAACUCCCCAGGCCAAAACCUCGACACCAACAACAGACCUCCCCAUUAAGGCGGACGGCGCCAACGUCAACAUCACAGCUGCCAUUUAUGACGAGAUCCAACAGGAGAUGAAAAGGGCCAAGGUAUCUCAAGCUCUGUUUGCCAAGGUGGCUGCCAAUAAAAGUCAGGGCUGGCUGUGCGAGCUACUUCGCUGGAAAGAAAACCCAAGCCCAGAAAACCGCACCCUGUGGGAGAACCUCUGCACCAUUCGCCGCUUCCUGAAUCUUCCUCAGCAUGAGAGGGAUGUGAUCUAUGAGGAGGAGUCCAGACAUCACCACAGUGAGCGUAUGCAGCAUGUUGUCCAGCUCACUCCCGAGCCUGUACAGGUGCUGCACAGACAGCAGUCCCAGCCUGCAAAGGAGAGUUCCCCACCCAGAGAAGAGGCUCCUCCUCCACCCACUGAGGACAGUUGCACCAAAAAGCCCAGAUCCCGCACCAAGAUAUCCCUGGAAGCUCUAGGUAUCCUUCAAAGCUUUAUCCACGAUGUAGGUCUCUACCCUGAUCAGGAAGCCAUUCAUACCCUCUCUGCUCAGCUGGAUCUCCCCAAACACACCAUCAUCAAAUUUUUCCAGAACCAACGUUACCACGUAAAGCACCAUGGGAAGCUAAAAGAGCAUUUGGGAACAGUGGUUGAUGUGGCAGAGUACAAGGAUGAGGAGCUGCUGACAGAGUCGGAGGAGAACGACAGCGAGGAGGGCUCAGAAGAGAUGUACAAAGUGGAGCCUGAGGAGGAAAACCCCGACAAAAGCAAGGCAGCUCCAGCAGACAUCGACCAGAGAUAAUGUGAGAUAGGAACACAGAAAGCAAUACAGUGAUCCAAGGAUGUUGUUUCUGUUUUUUUUUUUCCUUCCUCUUUUUACUUUUUGUUUGUUUCUGUUGCACAUGAUCCAUGUGCAAAAUGAAUGAAUUCAGCAUUGCCCACUCAGACAUCGCCUUGACACAGACACUUGAGUGUUACACAUCCUACAUGUGACUGAAGUAAUCAUUGUAAUCACAUAGGAUUAUGCCUUCAUUAAUCUUGCACUUAUGAAAGGGACAUCUAGCAAGUAAAUGGGAAGAAAAAGUCCUGUGAUAUCAAUGAAGGAAAAAUUACAACUUUGUGUGUGUAUAUAUAUAUAUUUACAUAAAAUAUAUAUAUAUUAAAAUUGCAUGGGACGGAACUUUACAACCUGGAAGUACAGACUGUGAAAUGAGUUCUUUAAAGAUGAGACUUGUUUAUGUAUUAAAACCACUUCACAAUGAGUUGCUUUGGCUUUUUGAUAAACUGCCGCCUGCUCUCAGGGUGUGGUGACUAUUUUUGAAUUUCUAUUUAUUUUCUAUGUUUAUCCCUGAUUUUUUUUUUUUUUAAUUAUUAUU